AUGUCCGAUUGGGAUUCUACAACAGUUAUUGGCCAGAGAGUAAGAACUGGCGGUGGUGGGCCAAGACAGCAGGUGGCUCGUACACAGGCUCAAAUCAACGCUGCCAGAAGAUCCGGUAACGUGCUUUCCGUGGACAAAAAGUACGGCUCUUCCAACACCAAGGGCAACAACGAGGGUCAGAGACUUACAAUGGUGGACCGUGAAACCGACAUUGUGGUGCCCAAGAAGCUAGAUGCGUCUGUGGGGAAAGUUAUCUCCAAGGCUCGUGGCGACAAAUCCUUGACCCAAAAGGACUUGGCCACCAAGAUCAACGAGAAGCCCACCGUCAUUAACGACUACGAGGCCGGCCGCGCCAUUCCCAACCAGCAGAUUCUCGCCAAGCUUGAGCGUGCUCUAGGAGUUAAACUAAGAGGCAAGGGUAUAGGAGAGCCUAUGGGCCCAAAAAAGAAGGCAUAA